CAUUGGGAAUUUGACAAAACUCACUGCCUUGAACAUUUACCAGAACCGACUUUCAGGUCAAACUCCACGAGAAUUAGUUACAUUGUGAACCUAGAGGUCUUGGAUCUGCGCAACAAUAGUCUCACAGGUUCGAUCCCAAAUGGCUUAUGGAAUUUGACAAGAAUCACUUUGUUGUACCUUUCUGGGAACCGACUUUCUGGUGAAAUUCCUCGAAAAUUGGGUCACCAGGAGAACUUAGAGAACUUGGACCUUAGCGGAAAUAGUCUCACAGGUGCCAUCCCAAGCGGCUUAGGUAAUUUGACAAAACUCACUACCUUGCACCUUGGCAAGAACCUACUUUCUGGUCAGGUUCUACGAGAGUUAGGUUAUGCUGUGAACUUAGAACAACUGAAUCUUUAUUACAACAGACUCUCAGGUUCCAUCUCAAAUAGCCUAGGAAAUUUGACUAAACUAACCAUCUUGGAGCUUCUUCUAAACCAACUUUCCGGGCCUAUUCCUCAAGAAUUUUCCAAGUUAAUGAGUCUAGUUCAGUUGGAACUCGCUCUCAAUAUCCUCUCUGGUUCCUUGUCAUCCGGUCUUUGUUCGGGAGGUCAGCUACAACACUUGUCCGCUGCAGGCAACAAAUUGGCCGGACCCUUGCCAUCAAGCUUGCUAAGUUGUGCAAGCCUAGUCAGGGUUCGACUCCAACAGAAUAACUUCAAAGGAGAUAUCACCAGGAUGUCACGCCAAGGUCCCAAGCCGGUGGUUGAGUGGUGGAACAGACUCGAGUGAGACGGCUCCGAGUCCAACCAUGAGCCAUCGCUCUUUUUCGAGUCAGUCAGGCCACUUGACUUACUAAAAGAAGACCCUCCCGAUGCCGGCGACGACGGCGGAGGUUGCCCGGCGACAGGGACAUCCUGUCCCAGAGCUCAAGUGGGGUCAUUGCGGCUUAAUAUGUAAGUGUUGGGGUCUGUGGCGGCUUAGGAUUCCUGACGCAGUAGAUUCGGCUUCGUAGAUCGAGUAUCUAGAUACCACAAAGUCUGGUGUGUAUUCUCCUUGCUAACGAAAAGAGAGUUAUCAGCCGCCAGUAACGUGACGUGAGAAUGCAGCAUCUCCGCCCGUGCUCUGGUCGGAAGGAGGAAGAUUGUCGGGCCCUAGGUCGACCUGACACCUGAAACCUCAAGUUACAGCCAAGUAUUCAGACUCAAGAAAGCAGAGCAAAAGCAGAGGAAACCACAUGCAAGUAUUUAGGAUUCAGAAAUCAGAGGAAGCACAAUUGCAGUCUGUAUCUAUAUAUGCAUCAGUUGAUUCAGUUCUGAUUGUCCACCUUUGCCUGCUGACUUCUACCUCCACAAAUCUCGCUGAUAACGAAGAUGAAGUCGCUGGAGCUCAACAGAGUUUGCAAUCCAAGCCCAGAUAGACAUAAUGAAGGGAUCGCCCGCAGGUAAGCCGUCCAGGAUGCCGGACGGACAGUUCACGGUCGACAUUCCUGUUGUGGAUUGUUCACGGUCGAAACAAGCACACUCGGUUUGGCUCAUCAUACUUUCUGCCUGGGCCUCCUCUGGAAGUCUGAAUUUUCUGCUCAAGGAUUCCUUCUGUCUGAUGAGUAUUCAGAUUUCGUUCACCAAUCUGAGCCUU